CUCCCCCGGGACGUGGGAAAAGCUCUGCCGGAGGUAGGAGUUGAAGCUCUUCCUGACAGGGGAUUCCGGCAGAUGUUCCCAGCAGACCCUCACAGAGCGUUUGGGUCUGCCAGGUCGGACCGGCAUCUUCCCCCACCAUCUGAGCCAACCCAGGACCAGGUGGUGAUUAGUUGACAGCUUCGCCUCUCUCUUUGCCCGAGUGUCCAAAACAUGCAGCCGCAAAUCCGAUGACACGACUACAAAGUCGAUCAUAAACUGCGGCCUAGGGUGUUCUGGUGCCAAGUGCACACAUGGACACCCUUUUGUUUGAACAUGGUGUUCAUUAUAGAAAACAACACCGCUCGGGUUCAGAUCGGGGGGGCCGUUCCUCCCAAUCACGCCCUUCCAGGUCUCACUGUCAUUGCCCACGUGAGCAUUGAAGUCACCCAGUAGAACGAUGGAGUCCCCAGAAGUAGCGCUCUCCAGCACUUCCUCCAGGGACUCCAAGAAGGGUGGGUACUCUGAGCUGCCGUUUGGUGCAUAGACACAAACAACAGUCAGGACCCGUCCCCCCACCCGAAGGCGGAGGGAGGCUACCCUCUCGUUCACCGGGGUGAACCCCAAUGUGCAGGCGCCCAGCCAGGGGGCAAUAAGUAUACCCACACCUGCUCGACGCCUCUAAGAGAGUCCAGCCCCUCUCGAGAGGGCUUGUACCGGAACCCAAACUGUGCGUGGAGGCAAGUCCGACUAUAUCUAGUCGGAACUUUUCUGCCUCGCACACCAGCUCGGGCUCCUUUCCAGCCAGAGAGGUGACAUUCCAUGUCCCAAGAGCCAGCUUCUGCAGCCGGGGAUCAGACCGCCAAGGUCCCUGCCUUUGGCCGCCGCCCAGCUCGCACUGCACCCGAUCCCUUUGGCCCCUCCCACAGGUGGUGAGCCCAUGGGAAGGGGGACCCACGUUUCCUUUUCGGGCUGUGCCCGGCCGGGCUCCAUGGGCGAAGGCACGGCCACCAGACGCUCGCCUUCGAGCCCCGCCUCCAGGCCUGGCUCCAGAGGGGGGCCCCGGUGACCCGCGUCCGGGACCCGUUUGCCAUGGGUGACCGUACCAGGGGCAUGAAGCCCCAGACAACAUGGCUCCUAGGAUCAUAGGGGCACGCAAACCCCUCCACCACGAUAAGGGAAGUUUAUUCGCAGUUUCUGAAAGAAAUGAUUAUCCAACCCGGCAUUGCUAAAGCCAACCUGGGUCUCUCUCGAGAAGAUGUUACAAUGGAAGACCAUCCUCUAAAUCCAAAUCCAGAGAGCAGGUGGAACACAUACUUCAAAGAUAAUGAAAUCCUACUUCAAAUUGAUAAGGAUGUAAGGAGGUUGUAUCCAGACAUGGCCUUCUUUCAGCGUCCUACGGACUACCCUUGCCAACUUAUCCUGGACCCUCAAAAUGAUUAUGAGACAUUGCGUCGGCGAGUGGAACAAACUACGCUGAAAGCACAAACUGUAAAUCGCAACCGCAGUGGAGUAACCAAUGUCAGCUCCCCUGGAAAGUCUUUGAAUUUGUACCCAUCUAAUGAAUACGAGGUGUUGCCCAAUGGGAGUGAAGCUCACUGGGAAGUGGUGGAGCGCAUCCUCUUCAUCUAUGCCAAACUCAAUCCUGGAAUUGCUUACGUCCAGGGCAUGAAUGAAAUUGUUGGUCCAAUUUACUAUACCUUUGCCACAGACCCCAACAGCCAAUGGAAAGAGCACGCAGAAGCGGAUACUUUCUUCUGUUUCACCAACCUGAUGUCAGAGAACAGAGAUAAUUUCAUCAAGAGCCUGGAUGAUUCCCAGUGUGGCAUAACAUACAAGAUGGAGAGUGUGUAUUCAAUGCUCAAAGAAAAAGACCAGGAGCUCUAUUUCAAGCUGCUAGAGCAGAACAUCAAGCCUCAGUACUUCACCUUCCGCUGGCUGACCCUGUUGUUAUCGCAGGAGUUCCUCCUACCAGAUGUCAUCCGCAUUUGGGACACUCUGUUUUCUGACCAGGACCGCUUCUACUUCCUCAUCCUGGUCUGCUGUGCCAUGCUCAUACUGAUCCGGGAUAACCUUCUGGCCGGAGACUUCACAGUGAAUAUGAGAUUACUACAGGAUUACCCUAUCUCAGAUGUCCAUACCAUUCUGACUAAGGCCAAAGAGCUCCAAGACAACUCGUAACCUGUUCACCCUUCCAGUGGCUGCUUCCUGUCAGAUUAAGUUAGUGGAAGCACAAACAACAACAAAACAUUUUCAGUUAUAUUUAAAGGACCUCAACGCAUAUGUUGUGUGGAAGAAAAAAACUGCAUAUUGCCUUUUAACUGUAUGACUGAUCUUGUGGUCAGAGGUGACUGCUAAGAAAACAACAAAGCAACCAUCAUUGUGGUGAGGAGGAAAUGCAUCUCAGUGCAUGAUGGGGAACAGGUCCCUGUGUGGUCAUCCUCCAUUCUCAGCCAUCUCUCCCAUGGAGACUUGUUACCCUGACUAAUUUAGCAUCUGGAGCAGUGGGAGGCAUAUGGCAUCGGUCUAACUAACUAACCAACAAUCAUUCUGAAAACAUUCCGGAGAGCUUCAACAAUGUUGUCAGCAUUUUAACGAAACACUGCAAUCGUAUUUGUUAGCGUAUUAAAUUUGUUUUGUUUUUUUCUCGAUGUUUUUGGUUCUUGUGUGUUUUAAAAACGUGAUGAAUCCUGUAAUUUUCUGAUCUUUGACAGUGACAAUGUUAGAAAGGUAAUUAUGAUGAAAUAACGUGUUUUGGAAAAUAAUUAGUACGACACUUCAGCAUUGUGCCUUUAGCCCUGUUAAUAAAUGUAUUUUGUUCUAUAUCACACCAACAUAUAUUGAAUUUUAUUGAAAGGAUUGGGAAAACAAACAAAACAUCUCGAGACAAUUCACACUACCAAUUAUGUUCUGUUCUAAGUGCAGUAAAUUUGCCAACUUUUUUUUUAUAUAUUAUACUUUUAAAAAUACUUGAUAAACUAGGUUUAUGUUGCAAGCUACCUUGGGAAAAAAUGUUGUCAUCCAUUUUAAUUUUCUUUGCAGAUUAUGUGCCCUUCAUGCAAUCAUUCAAAACUCACUUUUUCAACAUUCUAAGGUUAUUUACUGAUCAACCCAUUUUUUAUUCGAAAUUUUAAAUCCUUUCUCCCAGUUUCCUGACAGAUUAAAUCAUUGCAAGCCUUUUGGCAGUUUUGAAUUACAAUAUGAAUGUAAAGAAUGUAUCCAUAAGCCUUGGUCUACCACAUAUCAUCGUCUCACGAACAUGUUAACAGGGUAAAAUCUAUAAGUAAACUAACGUUUCAUCAUAUCAUAAUUACUGUUUGUUUGUUUAUUGCGGCGCGCUGGAGCACUGGGUAGCACGUCCGCCUCGCAGUUAGGAGGGUGCGGGUUCGAUUCCACCUCCGGCCCUCCCUGUGUGGAGUUUGCAUGUUCUCCCCGGGCCCGCGUGGGUUUUCUCCGGGCACUCCGAUUUCCUCCCACAUCCCAAAAACAUGCUUGGUAGGCCGAUUGAAGACUCCAAAAUGUCCCUAGGUGUGAGUGCGAGUGCAAAUGGUUGUUUGUCUCUGUGUGCCCUGCGAUCGGGCUGGCAACUGGUUCAGGGUGUCCCCCGCCUACUGCCCGAUGACGGCUGGGAUAGGCUCCAGCACUCCCGCGACCCCCGUGGGGACUAAGCGGUUCAGAAAAUUGAUGGAUGGAUGUUUAUUGUAAUGCACAUAAACUGUAAUGGAGUUCCUUAUUGAUUAAUUACUUUGUGCAUUGGUUGAAUGUCGAGAAAAAGUGUUUAAUGUUGGCCAAUCUCUUUAUGUGUAAUGCCAACUAUUAUUAUAUAUAUAUCUUUUAAUCUGUGUUUUGGGAACCGCAGUUACUGACUAUUGGGGCACUUGACCACACACCAUGUACACCAUACUACCCUAUGGUUUUUUUACACUAAAUAAACUCUCCAUAGAAAUUUGAAUGUUGCACAUUUCAUGAUUCACUGUUGAUGUACUGGUACUUUUUGUGUUCAACAUUAACUUUGUUUUCAUCAGAAAGCUGCUUAAAGGAAUGUAUAUUUGCUGAGGAGAGGGUGAAGAUGAGAAACUCAACAGGGCUAUUGGCAUUGUGUGUUGCCAAUGUAAAAAUAGCUUAUCAAAUGUUUCAAAUUCAAGAGACCAAUAUUAAUUCUCCAAUGUUACAAUGAAACUUUUGCAUUUUUACCACAUCUACUUUUUAUUGGACAAUUGCUAUUUAUUUCAUAUAUGUAUAAUAUUGGCACCAACACAAUCAAGGAAAUAACAUUUUCCUUCCAGUAGUCUCCAUACAAUCAUUAUAAAAGUGCCACCUCCAGUUUAAUUGUACCAAAACUGUAACAUGUGCAUGUAUUCACUACAAAUAAACCUUUUUAACGUCAAAGAACCCCUAAUUUUAACAUUCUAAUAUUCCAGGUGUGUGCAGUGUAAACCAUUAUGAAGAACCUUACAAUAGAAGUUUGUGUUGGGGACUGGUGGAGAGUGGAAUAAUAGUGUUCAAUAUACUUGAUAUAAAGGGUUGUCAUGUUGCAUGUUCCAAAGUUUAUAAUCAUCAUUUUGUAAUGGAUCCGGUGUUAAUAGUUGUAUAUAUGUUUUUACUUGUUUUCUGAUGUGCAUUAAAUUGAAUGAUGAUGAUACAA